GUGAAAAACUUUGCUAUUGAAAUAAUUUGUUCGACAAAAAACCGAACCAAACCGCGAUAUAAAGUUAUUAAAAAACUAAAAAAAGUGAAUUUGCAACUGUACGUUCGUAUGUGUGUGCGUGUGCGUGUGUGUGCAGUGAAGUGAGUGCUUAUAUGUGAAUCUAAUAUUAUUGCAAGUAUGUGCUCCGAUGUACAAAAUAUUACAAGAAUGCAUUGCAGUAGUGCAGCGUCAAGUCUAAGUGUUACGUACAAACGUUAACUUGCGUGAAAAGAGUGCAAAAAAGAGAGAAAAAAAGAGUGUGAAUGUGUAUUUGUGCAUUCUGUACCAUAUCAGACGUUUAAGACGUUUAAGAAGUGUCAAGUGAUAGCGAAGAGCUAGAAGCAGCGAAAUUAACAUCGGGUAACACACAAGCCGCACAUAAUAGAAAAAAACUCAAUAGUGGAGCGGCAAGCAGUCGCAGCAUUCCUAGCAGCCGCGAUGCCAUCGGACACACCUCCACCAUCAGCAUCGGUGUCCCAUCCGUCACCAGCUUCGAGCCACGACCCGAACGAUUCCGCGCACCGGAACGAACCGAACACGAACCCCGCCCGGCAGGAGCCGGACCGUUCGUCCACCGGUACGCCGGGACCCUCCGAGCAGGCCCCCCAUCUGCAUCCGCCCCACAACUCGUCCAGUUCCUCCUCGUCCAGCUCAUCGUCGUCCACGUCCAGCACGUCCUCCUCGCUGUCGUCACUGUCGCUGAAGCGUGCGCUGGUACCGGAGGAACACCCGGCGAAACCAUCGCCACCACCUUCCCCCCUCACGAUGGACCAUCAUCUGCAGGCACACAAGGCGGCCCGUACGGCCGCGAGUCCUGGGGCCCGCAGCCAGCAACAGCAAUCCGGCCCGAGCACAACCGGUGCCGGCGGGGGGCAACAGUUCUGUCUGCGCUGGAACAACUACCAAACGAACCUGACGAGCGUGUUCGAUCAGCUGCUGCAGAGCGAAUCGUUCGUGGACGUUACACUGGCGUGCGAUGGGCAAUCGAUGAAGGCCCACAAGAUGGUGCUGUCCGCGUGCAGUCCCUACUUCCAGACGCUGUUCUUCGACAAUCCCUGCCAGCACCCGAUCGUGAUCAUGCGCGACGUUAGCUGGGCCGAGCUGAAGGCGAUCGUGGAGUUCAUGUACAAGGGUGAGAUCAACGUGAGCCAGGAUCAGAUCGGACCGCUGCUGAAGGUGGCGGAGAUGCUGAAGAUACGCGGGCUUGCCGAUGUGAGUGGCGAUGCGGGCGAGUCCGGCGGGCGGGAUCGUUCCGAGCGUGACGGGGUCGAAAGCCGUGGCCCGGAGGACUUGGAUCGGGAGGAUCAGAAGCUCCUAAAUCCGCUUGCGAUCGUGCAUAGCUCGCUGUUGGCCAACGGUGCCGGCAGUGUAAGCACGGGAACGGGCGGAUCUGGAGCAGGGUCCGGUCCGGGUGGCAAUGGAUCGGGGUCCGGUGGAAAUGGGUCCGGAAGUUCCGGGAACAGUACGGCGACCAGUGGCAGUGCAGCGGCGGCAGCAGCAGCGGCCGCGGCCGCAGCCAAGAAACAGCGAUCGGGCCGUGAUCGCGACACGACCAAAGAUCACCGGAUGGAUGCGCGCAUGAGCGAGUUCGCACGUGACCUGUCCCGGGACCCGCACAUAUCGUCGCGCGACAUCAGCAGUGUGGCGGCGGCAGCGGCGGCCGCCGCGGCAGCUGCCGGGCUGGCGGCCGGUGAGUGGCCGCUCGGUGCGGCCGGUUUGGAGGCGGCGGCAGCGGCCGCCGUGCAAGCCUCCACGCCGAAGAGUGCCCGCAAGCGACGGUGGCCGUCCGGCGAUCGUAGCAGCAUCGGAAGCCCGGCCGACAGUACGCCCGAUCAGCUCGAGGUGCCGUCCCCGAUUCCGCCCACACCGUCCAACAUUGCGCAGUCGAGCGGUGGUGCGGCGAACAAUCCGCUCGCUUCGUUCCCGCUGCCACCGGCACUCGAUUCGGCCGCCAUGGCCAUGUCAUCGCUGUCAUCGUCCAUCGCCAACCAUCCGGACGACAUGGAGAUCAAGCCGGGCAUCGCUGAGAUGAUUCGCGAGGAAGAAAGGGCAAAACUGUUAGAAAACUCCCAAGCAUGGUUAGGCGCAUCUACGUCAUCAAUUGCUGCAGAAAGUUACCAAUAUCAGCUCCAGUCCAUGUGGCAGAAGUGCUGGAACAGCCAGAAUCUGAUCCACCAUCUGCGCUUUCGCGAGCGUGGCCCGCUAAAAUCCUGGCGCCCGGAAACGAUGGCCGAGGCGAUCUUUAGCGUGCUGAAGGAGGGACUGUCGCUGUCGCAGGCGGCCCGCAAGUACGACAUCCCCUAUCCGACGUUCGUCCUGUACGCGAACCGUGUCCACAACAUGCUCGGACCGUCGAUCGACGGUGGUACCGAUCUGCGGCCGAAAGGGCGCGGACGACCCCAGCGCAUCCUGCUCGGUAUCUGGCCCGAUGACCACAUCAAGGGUGUCAUCAAGAGUGUCGUCUUUCGCGAUGCCAAAGAGAUGAAGGAGGAGCCCAUGAUGUACGGAAGACACUCUCCUUUUCCCUUUCAAGACAACCCCCUGAGCUACGCACCGACUGCACCGAACGGUCAGCUGCCCGCCGCCACCGGCACGGUACCGGACGGCAUGUCGCAGGACGCGCUGACCGCCGCUACCGUCGCGGCGGUCCGCCAGCAGAUGUGUAACAUGGUGGCCGCCGCCCAGCACCAUCCGGAUGCGGCCAAUCUCGUGGCGGCCGGGUUCAAUCUACCGUCGCACUGUGGCACACCACCGAAUCUGAGCAUCCAUCCGGCGAACGCAGCGGCUGCGGCGGCCGCGGCUGCCGCCGCUGCAGCCGUCGCCUCGAACCAGGGCAGUGGGCCGAAUGCGGGCGGCGGAUCGAGCGGUGCCAUACCCCUGCCGAAGAUGGGCUCACCGGCCGUUCCGUCGACCGGACACGGCAACAACAAUGGUGGUUCCGGCGGUAUCCAGAUGCCACGGCUCGGUUCGUCGGCCGGCUCGAGCGGGUUGGCGAAGGACCACGAACUUCAGCACCACGGGGGAGGCGGUCUCGGGGGUGGUGGCGGUACCGGCACCGGUGGCGCGGGUGGUGGUCUGGCGCGUGCCACGCCACCAGGUGCGCGGGAACGUGCACUGACGGCCAGAUCCAACCUAACCGCGAGUGAAUCGAGCCGGAGCAGUUCGGCCGGCGGUAACGUGCAUCGGUCGUCACCUUCCAGCAGUACCGCAGCGUCCCUCAACCAUCACCACCAUCAGUCACAUCUGCCGCACCAUCAUCACCAUCAGCACCACCAGCCCCACCACGGCCAUGGUCACCAUCUGCCCCACCACAACCCACUGUCCCAUCUGGUGAGUUCCGGCGGUUCCGGUGGUCUCAGCAUAACGAAGCUCGGAUCGCCCGGUUCGGCCCACGAUCUGCGCAUCAGCAACAGCCCGGACGAGAGCCCGCUAGCAUCGCCGAUCGGGAUGGUGCUGGAACCGGCCGUCAACCUAGCACUCGGGGCCGGUUCCCAGCCGCCGGAAGACGUGCGCCUCCACGUUCCACCGCCGUACGGUAGCAAACCACCGUCCCGGGGCGGUGUGACCGGAUACGGCAGCAGUGCGUCCCCACCGCGACCGGAACACCUGUUCCAGGACCAGGACAUUGCGGCCCUGGUUGCGACGAGCCGCGCCUGUCCACCGUCCCGCGUGCCCGACUACAAGGAUACGGCGGUACGGCCGCCGGCAUCGAUCAAGGUGGAACCGCUGACGGAGUGCAGGGGGGAUUAGGUCGGUUGGCCACGCAACCAAACAAGACAACUAACCGUCGCGCGGCAUUGGGUGGAAGGGAUACAGAAGUACACUCAACCUUAGCACACACAACCACACGAAACACACACACUCUCACAACACAAAUUGCUGGCUCCAUCUAUCGGUCGGUCUUUUAAGUUAGAGACAAUUUUUUAAUAUGUGAUAUACUUAAGCUGGAGCGUUCCAAACUCCGGGAUAACCGUUCAAGCGAAUGGAAACGAGAAAAGGAGUAACCCACUGGUGACACUUUUCCUUUCUCGCAUAUUCCCCUUCCACAUGUAGCAUUAAAUGUAGGUGUGACUUAUAUAAAAAAAAAUUAUAUAUAUAUAUAUGUAUACUACACAGUAUUUAUUUUGAACAGUUUCAAACGGAAACGCAACUUACGAUGGCAAAAGCUUCCAACUGUGUGGUAGACGUAGUACGCGAAAUGGCAGGUGGCAGGGCGUGGAAGAUCGAGUAGACGAUCAAGGGUGAAUAUUCGUGUGCAAUAAUAGGUCGAAUGAAGGAUCGCCACAAAAAGGGACAACGCUUCGAAAGCAUUAAACCAGAGUCAGCAGCAACAAAACGGCGUGGAAAAAAUGGAGUCUUACAUUCCACAUUACAGCAUCGCGCUAAUCGAAUGGCAAACGCCGGUGAGCUAGAUGCACAACAACCUUCGCGAAUGUGCAAUGAAUGUCCUCGCGCCAGACGCCAGAGUAAUCAUUGGGAUGAGAUCGCGUUUCGAACGGCUUGCUAAUUGCGUGUACAAAACAAAGAAAUGGAAAGUUUUAAAGAAAUUCAAUACAAAGGCAACGCUCGAAAGCCACGCGGAAGAGAGAAAAGCAUUAUUUUACAAUGUCUCUAGUUGUGGAAUAAUUAACUAACAGGAAGCAAUCGUCCGAAGGCUCCAAUCUAAACAUAACUCUUGCAUGCAAUCGACUGAUUUCAGUUCGAUUGAGUUGUCCCACAGUCUAGGCAGCUUAAUGGUGCUGCAGGAACGACGACAACAAACCGUUUCUGGUCGUGUGCAAAAAUUCAUUGGCAAAACUUCUUCUGUGUAAGGGGUUGGGCGAAGCGUUAGGAAAUAUUUUGUAAAAUAGAGACAGGGUGACAACAAAUUUUUAAAUUUGCCAAAACAUUCGGACUCGAAGCGAUGCACCUAUCUCUACCCGUUUCGGCUACAUUAUGAAUGGACGGAUAUGAAGACAAACGGAGAGAGUAUAGCAAAAGGACAAAACAGAGUAAACUAUGGUUCUGCGUACAAAUGUGGGCAGAACAGGAGUGAAACAAAUACAACCCUUUUAGGCCUUUUAGAUUGUGAAUUUUGCUGCUAGUGAGCUGAAGCAACCUCGAAACGGUAAACGGUAAUACGUUUAAUUCAUUGAACCCUUUAGUUUUUGAUAUAAUUUUUUUUAUCAGUUUUGUUUAACGAAACGUGUGCCCAAAAAACACACAAGCACACACUGUGAAAGGUGACACGGAAAUUCGUUGUGGAUGGAAAAGAUAAUGAGGAAAAAAAAAGAAACAGAAAACCCGAAAACCAUCAAGCGAAAGGAAAAGUUUAUACAAAAACCGAGCCGUAGCGUUAGGUAACGCAUGAGAAAACAGAUAGAAGAAGCGGAACAUACCGGACAAGCUAACGUACAACCAAAAACAAAGGAAAAAUGGAAGGAACCAAGAUGGUGGAAUUGGUACAAUCAAGGAAAACAAUCGUUUCUUACAACAGCUACCAACAGAUAUGCUGCAGCAUAUUCGCACACGCAGUGGAAGGGUACGUGCCGAGUGGUUGAUCAUUGUUCGGUCAGAUCAAAAGCUCCUCUUUCCAGGCGGAUCUCUUUAAUCCUCCCCCCCCCCUCCUCCCUCCCCUUCCCCACGAAGCAUCCUACACUCCCUUUCCCGCUAAAACUUACCCCAUUUUGGCAAAGAAAAUGAAACAAUUUCAGGAAGCAACGUUUAGGCAAAUUAAUGAGUAGAGAAAUUUUAUUAAAUACACAAAAAAGAGAGAAGAAAAAAAACAAAGUAAACGUAAAACCUUUCGGCCUAUGUGUUCAAAAACGCAAAACAAACUGUUUAGGAACUGCUUGAAACAAAUCAAGAGGAUAACAAAAUUUUAUGCAAAAUUUAACAAAAUUAUUACGAGCUGAAGAAGCAAAACAAGGAAAAAGAUACAAAAUUAUAGUAGGGUGAAAGUAUAUUUAAAUUUCGUGCAAUGCAAAGAGUUAAUACAAAAGAGAGGGAGAGAAAAAGAGAGAGAGAGAGAAGAAAAAAAAAUAGAAGAAAGUAAGGAGUAGCCUUGGAAAAGAGCGCAUUGGAGAAACGAAGAGAAAAGAGAAAAGUGCCUUCCACUUCCUUUUUACGAAGCGUGUAAAAACAAACAAACAAACAAACAAACAAACAGCAAACAAAAGCUAACCAACCGGACAAAACGGUGAACUGAAUGGAGAGAAGAAAAAAAACAAAACAAAAGAAAACCACAACAUGAAAACGAGUGGCUGGUGUAGUUGUUAGUUUUAUAGUGACAAAAAAAAAGAAGGAGCAAAACAAACGUAAAAACGAAACGUUACAAAACUUUUUGGCAAAGGAUAAAUCUAUGUAUUCGAAAUUAAGUCAGAUGUAAGGUAUUCGAGUUUUUUCUUUGUUUGUUGGUUGUGUUCAGUACACUGGAAAGGUGAGGUGAAACCUUUAGACAGCGCGGAAACAAAAGCAAUGAGGAUCAAACAAGCAAAAAAAAACAAAACAAAACAAACAAACACAAAAUUCUAGCAAUUAUAGCAAAACUCUGGUACCCUGCCGUGGGUAAUGUAUUGCUAUCCGACAAAGUUUGCUUCAGCAACCGUUCAAGGCAAAAUUUUAAAGUCCAUUUACAGAAGCAGAUCAUUCUUUGCUUUGAAGGAACAGGAAUCUUUUUUCUUGAGGAGGAUAUUUAACGUAGAAGAUUAUUUUAAUGCAGCGAAACUUAAAGCAUUUACCAUGGGCUCUGUACAAAUGGGAACUGCUGUAGAAAAAAAAGC